AUGGCAAGCUUUUUCACACCGACAUCCAAGAACCCGGGCGGUAUCCCUAACCUGAAACUCACCCCAACAAACUCCCCCGUCUUUCUUUCGUCUCGCAACAGUACCAGCAUACGAUCUACCAGCAAAGGACGUCAGAGUUCUUCCUCUGGGUCCUCUUCAUCUUUCUCCACUUCGCCAUUUUCCGACUGUGGACUCGCUUUGAAGCGCGUGAUAGGAUGCUCCAAAACUGCGUUCGAUAGCCAUCCUCCUUCUCGGUCGUUCGCAUACACUGCGGGCGCUGCGGCUGUGGUUGUUCAGCUGGACGACGACCUGCAGAUCACCCAAAGAUUUUUUCGUGCUAGGCCAAACGCUCCCACCCUAACCUCGACUGUAUCCUCGUAUGCACCAUCCACACCGGGUGGCUACUCGCAAGAGACGAGGAGUCGGACCGCGGCAUCGUUAAGGGAUGCUGGCAUUGGAAACAUAUACUCAAACAAUGCUUCGCCUUUCUCUGGCGAGGAUUCGCCUAGCUCAAGAACAUGGACUGCUAGGGAGCGGAUUAAGGCUGCGACAUGUCUAUCCUUUAGCCCCGAUGGAAAGUGGAUAGCGGUUGGAGAAACUGGAUACAACCCGAGGAUUUUGAUAUUUUCGUUGUCGAAAGAUGUUCCCAGCGAUUUACCUGUCGCUGCAAUGUCGGAACAUACCUUUGGUGUUCGGAGUGUUGCAUUUAGUCCCUGUUCAAAAUAUUUGGCUAGUAUUGGCACGAUGAAUGACGGGUUUGUCUACGUGUGGUCUUUAAGUGGUACUAGAGGCAGCCUUGUUCGCCUUCAUUCUAGCAACAAGUGCACAAGUUUUGUCCGGCAGAUAGCAUGGAUGGGCAAGAGCCUUGUAACUGUUGGCACACGGCAUGUGAAGAUCUGGAAAACUGAAGACGAGGUUAGUCCAAGAUUUAGAAAGUCACGUCAUGAGUGGUCACUUAUACGCAGACAGCAAAAACCCGUAAGCCCUGGGCCUAAGGUAUUGCAUGGACGGAACGCGUUGCUGGGUGCUAUGUCAGAUUCGACCAUGAGUUGUGUUGUUGGGAUCUCAGAUGACAAGGCCUUAGUUUGUACGGAGAAGGGUGACAUCUGCUUAUUGGAUGAGAGCGGUCUUCGAUUUUCCAAGGUUGCUAGUGCUGAGUUUGGAGUUGGAUGUAUCACUGUUGAUGCCGAAUCGAAGUUUGCCUGGGUAGCGGGCAGACAUGGCAACAUUCGGUUUGUGUUCAUUCUGGGUGCCCUAGAGUUGCAAUCGCCGUCAUCAUCGAGAUCCAGUUCGCCGAUCCUUCCCUAUGGAUGCCGACCGGCGCAUGUACUUGCUAUGGCCAGCAUGCUUGGACAUCUGUUUACCCUGGAUUCCAAUCAUUCGUUGAAGAUUAUCAAUAUGUCUACCGUGGAUGGUGUGCCGGUGCCUAAUUCGAUGAUUCGUGAAUUACCUGCGCACAAGGAUGCAUGUUUGGGCGUACGAUUAUUACCCGCCAACCAUAGCUCUCACGGCCUUUUCUUCACUUGGUCUGCUGGUGGUGCUAUUUUAUUUUGGAGUUUGGAGGGUGCGCAGAAGGGUGAAUUUCAAGUGGAACUUGAGCAGCCUAUGGAGAGUGAGGAUGAUGUCCCGAACGAGUUGAAAGUUGUACGAGUAUCGGAUCGCGGUGAUAUCUUUGUCACCGGAGACAAGUAUGGCGUGUUAAGGAUAAUCGAUGGCAAAAGCCAUACCUGUCAGUAUGUCGUAAAGGCGCACAGUGGAGAGAUCAUGGAUAUCGCGGUUCACCAGGCGACUAUCGUUAGUUGUGCAAGAGAUCGCACGGUACAAGUAUUCACCAAGGCUGGGGAUGGUUGGUCUUUAGCUCAAACGCUGGACGACCAUACGUCCAGCGUAUCAAGGGUUCUGUUGCUGGAAAAUGGAAAUAAACUUUUGUCUUGCUCAGCAGAUCGGACCAUAGUUAUCAGGGAACUUUGUCGCCGAGAGGCGAUCAACGGAACUGUUGCUAUGGCGUACCUAGCGACUAAGACUUUAACGACUAAAGCAUCGCCGGUACAUAUGACGCCUCUUUCAGAUGCCACGUUAAUUGUGUCGACAAUGGAUCGACAGAUUCACAAAUUUGAUUUAAAUGCGGGGAAAAGUGUUCAUGGGUUUCGGUGUACAGAUGAAUCGGGUGAUGCGGUUGUGAUGGACGCUAUAACGGUUGGAAAGGACAAGGGAUACCCGAGAUCUAGAAUUCUUGCGGGUAUAUCGACAACGGAUAAGAGUAUACGCCUUUACGAUUUAGCUGGAAAUCUCAUUGAUAAAGAAUGGGGACAUACUGAGGGAGUCAGUGAUGUUGCAUUAUUGGAGAGGGGCCCACGGAAAGGGGAAGAGACGGGUCAAACAAUAGUUAUCAGUACGGGCACAGACGGCACGAUCAUGAUAUGGGAAUUUAAUCCCAAAGCCCAGGAACUGGAACCCGCUACUAGCGCAGUUGUUGCUUGCCCAGACUCUGUGGAUGGCGGUUCUGCCAAGAAAGAGAUGACCGCGACAAAGCCGCCCCUACGAAGGGUACUGAGUCGGAGUGAGCUGAUGGAUUUUUCGCCCAAAACGGCUCCAGUGACGCCGAAUCCUAGGCCUUUAUCUGUCCAUGUCCCAUCCUCUCCUCCCCGAACGCUGAGACGGAAGACAUCGGCUUACGGAAUGAAUCGAUCUAUAAGCUCGAAAGGCGGUCCAAGUGCACCUAUGCCGCCGACACCUUCAACAACUACAACAGAAGACUCGGUGUCACCAUCGACACUAGUAUUUACACAUACCACUACUGCUGCGCCGAACGCGGCGCCGGCUGUCUCAACGCCGCCUGGCCCAAGUACCGGACGAGAAAGCCGCAAGAGCACUACUAGACACCGCACACCAAGCCCGCCGGACCCGACCAAGAGUCAAAAUCUGCCACCACCGCCGCAGCGGCGUGGAAGCUCCAUGACGAGGCCUCGUGGGAAGAGCAUAGGAAGUCCGAAUGAUCCUAGCAGUGGCAGUGGGAGCAUGGGUGGAUUAGCGGAAAGCCUCUCACGAAGUUUAAGAAGUUUCCGUAAGAAGAUUGACUCACCUGGCUCCAAAGACGGUAUAAGGCCAGAGGUACUCAAAGAUCUGCAGCGGGAGUUGGCUCUAACGGCCAAGGAGCUAGGACUCUCGGAGAAAGGAGAGAGUAAGAGCCGGGGUAGGACCCACGGUUCUACUCGUGGCACAUCUUCACGGGAAGACGGUAGAUCAGAGAUCAUGGCGCAGCUGUUAGAUCAGUAUUCAGAGCGACUGGUAUCGCUGGUUAGUGAUAGACUAGAAAAUGGGAAAGGCAAGCUUCCCAAGGAUAGGAAAAAGCCGGUGGACACAACAGGCGAGGGUUGAAUUCUCUUUUAUUUUUUAUUUCUCUUACACAGUUGUUCUCAGCAGGGCUUGCAUCUUUUUUUCUUGGAUUGCUUAUCGCAUCAUAUCUACUUUCUUUUAACAGGGUUUAGGUGACUUUCUUUAUUUUUACUCCUUUCUUGGCACAGGCUUUCGUUUCUCUUUUCUUUACCGGGGGAUUGGUGUUCAUUUCCAUUGAUUAAAGAACUCUGCUUCCAGCUUUUCUUUACUUGACCGCCCUAAUCACCUUCUUUUCAGUAUCUAAUGUACACUAGUUUCCUCGUGUUGUCGGCUUUGUUUUUGCUUGCAUUGGGAUGGCUUCUGCUUUUUUUCAUUUUCAUUUUUCUUUACCUUUUCUUGUGUCUUUUGGGCGGUGGGAUUUGGUUCGGGUUUUCCUUCUGCUCUUUUUUCUUUCUGUCUUGUCUUUUCUCGUUUUUUAUUAAAUGCGGGUUGGCUUGGAGAGGAUGUAUAAAGUAUUGUACUGUCUGGGAGUUUGGAGGUGCGGGUGGGUGAAAUGGAAAUGGAUUCGAAGUUUAAAACAUUAAAA